UUGUGGCGUUUUUGUUCUUGACGAACCUACAACAAAUCUUGAUGAAGGUAAUAUUAGUCAUUUGGCGGCUGGUUUACGAGGAAUACUCGAAUCUCGUCGUGGACAGACAAAUUUUCAGUUGAUUAUCAUCACCCAUGAUAUCGAAUUUUCAAGGAUGAUAGGAGAAGCGCAAUAUUCAGAUAAGUUUAUCAAAGUUUUUAAAGAAAA